AAAACAAGACGUGACGUUCGAAGCGAAAUCAUUUUGAUGUAAAAUAUCAGACAUAAACAUUUCCCUGCUGGCUGCUGGUCGCAUAAACCGUAGAAUAUUCCGGAAUUCCGUGUUUGGUGCAUUUGUGUUCUGUCCGGAAAGUGGUUUCAACUAAAAGUGUAACAAGUUGCUCGUAGAAUUUUCGGGAACUGUGUGAAAUUUAGUUUUCCCGUUCCAAGCAUGUCAUCUUCGCCAUUUUCACAUUCCGCCUUCUACCAGGGAACCAAAAAAGUGGCCCCUUUGAAAAUCCGCAAUCCGAGCAUCCAUCCCUCCCAGAUAAUGCCGACGCCGAGCGGAGUGCCGUUUAAUGUUUCAGAUAUGCCGUGGUCCUUCAACGGAAACAGGACUCCUGGCCAGCUAAUGGAGUUCAAUGCGGUGAUUAGACCGAGUCCUUUGUCGCAGAGUCCACCGUUUGGAAAGUUUCAACCGGCUUUGAGUCCAGUGGCCAUGUGUGAACUACGUAAGAGGAAAACCGAACUAGAACCGAUGCCAGUACCUCCGAAGCAGUUUCUCACGGAAGAAGCAAUGGCAUCGCACCUCAACAACAUGCACCUGUCGACAGAGUACACAUCACAUGGCGGUAGCACCAACUCCGGCGGCCUGUCCCCGUGCUCCUCGCUCGAUGACGACAUGUCCCUGGGGGAACCGGGACCGGGCUCGACUGCGGCAGCCGCGGCCGCUGCCGCCCGCCACGUCUACAUGUCUCCCCAGGAACUCGAGGAUCGGCUUCGCAAGGCGCAACGGAUUGCCGUCUGCGAAGAGGUUCGCAAGUUGGACAAUCGAGCGGAGAUCCUGCCGAAGGUCCUGCUCGAGCGAAUCGAAAAGCCGUGCACGGCCCUGGUGCUGUGGCAACCGCCGGCGACCCCGCUGGAACUGGCCACGAAGCUGGGCACGGUUCAGGAGCAAAAGGAAGAAGCCGAGCGCCGGACCACCGAAGAGAUGAUGGGUGAGGACGAACCGCUUCCGGAUUUGCCGGAGUAUGACGAUGAUCUCGACUUUGAAGUGAAUAAUAAUAACAACAACAACAACGCCGCGGUGGGCGAUUUCAACAGUAUGGACAUGGAAAUGUAGUUUAGAGUUGUGCACGAUUUCUUAUAGUGAAGAAUGAGAGGAAGGUAUGAAAUUUUUCAUGCACGAGUUUUUUUUAUAUAUAUGGAUGUUAGAAGGUAAGAUUUAAUUUGGUAAGCGAAAUCCAAUCGGUUAUGUUGAUACUUUUGAACGCGAACUUCGAAAAUAUAAAUGGUAAUAAGUUUUACGCGCAA